GGGGGGGGUUAUGGGGAGCUGAUGUUGUGUUGGUCUGGAGGGUCCCUGUGUCCAGGAAGAGGAUAUGAGAAGAGCAGCUUUGCAGGUAGAGCUCCCCAAAUGAGUACCAUGUGAAGGUCUGAUAGAGCCCCUUGAUUCGUGGGACAGGAGAGACGUCCCUCUUUCAGUCCAGAAGGGGAAAAUUCUUUGAACGUUUUUGUCUGCUUCAGUAGGCUCUUAAAGUAUCAUCUUUACCUGAACCACAGGGGCACGUGCCUGAGCCAGUUUGCCCACUGUGGGGAAAGGAAGUCUCAGGAGGCAUUCCGCGCGCCAUGGAGAAACCGUGGAAGUGUGGGGAUUGCGGGAAAGGAUUCCGCUAUCCCUCCAUGCUGGAGAUCCACCGCCGUGUCCACACCGGGGAGCGGCCCUUCACCUGCUCCGUCUGCGGCAAGGGCUUCACCCAGUCGCCCCACCUGCUGUCCCACCAGCGGGUCCACACCGGGGACCGGCCGUUCGCUUGCUCCGAGUGCGGGAAGGACUUCAGCGAAUCGUCCAGCCUGCUCAAGCACCAGCGGGUCCACACCGGGGAGCGGCCCUUCACCUGCUCAGUGUGCGGCAAGAGCUUCCCUCACUCGUCCAGCCUGCUCAAGCACCAGCAGGUCCACACCGGGGAGCGGCCCUUCACCUGCACCGUCUGCGGCAAGGGCUUCACCCGCUCGUCGCACCUGCUGACCCACCAGCGGGUCCACACCGGGGAGAGGCCGUUCAGCUGCUCCGUCUGUGGCAAGAGCUUCUCUCACUCGUCCAGCCUGCUGCGGCACCAGCAGGUCCACACCGCGGAGCGGUCCUUCAUCUGCUCCGUCUGCGGCAAGGGCUUCUCUCACUCGUCCAGCCUGCUGCGGCACCAGCAGGUGCACACCGGCGAGGGUGCCUUCACCUGCUCCAUCUGUGGCAAGGCCUUCUCCCACUCGUCCGGCCUCCAGAUCCACCAGCGGGUCCACACGGGGGAACAUCCUUCCGAUAGACCAGAAGUGCACAUAAUACAGAGGAACUUCGAUUAUCCAGAAUUAGAUGAACCAGCACGGUGGCUCAGUGGUUAGCGCUGCUACCUCACAGUACCAGGGACCCGGGUUUCAUUCCUGCCUCAGGCGACAGACUGUGUGGAGUUUGCACAUUCUCCCCGCGUCUGCGUGGGUUUCCUCCUCGUGCUCCGGUUCCGUCCCACAGUCCAAAGAUGUGCAGGUCAGGGUGAAUUGGCCAUGCUAAAUUGCCCGUAGUGUUAGUUACAUUAGUCAGAGGGAAAUGGGUCUGGGUGGGUUACUCUUCAGAGGGUCAGUGUGGACUGGUUGGGCCUGUUUCCACACUGGAAGGGAUCUAAUCGUCAAGCGACUGAAAUACACCCUGCAUGUGUCCUUUGGAUAAUCGAGGUUCCUGUGUAUUCCAAAAGUGGCCUAACCAACGUCCUGUCCAGACCCCAACCCCUAUACUCAGUGCUGUGACCAAUAAAGUGAUCUGCAGAAUCUGCGGGACUUGCUUAAUCCUGGAAGGUAAGUCACGUGUUUCUCCUUCUCUUGCAGGUGGAUCCAAGAUUUCACUCUCUGUCCCAUUGAGUCUCCAGUCAGGUCCUUCAGCUCAACUGGUCUCUCUCAGUAUUUCUGACCCAUGUGAGCCUCUACGCACCUCCCCUUCACUCGCUCACAUUUGAUUUCCCUUACAGCAGCAUUCCCUUCAGUUCCUUUCUCCCUGACGUCUGUAUCCAGCUUCUCCUUAAAUGCCGUCCACCUCGACCUGCUACUGUGGGGGUCAUUCCCGCUGCAGACAGAGGUCUCUCCUUUGUAACCUCUUCAAAAGAUUUACCGCUGACUUCUCCCUUCAGUCUUUUCCAUUUCUGGGUCUCCCCGCUGUUGCGAAACUUGGAAGGGUUCAGAAAAGAUUUACAAGGAUGUUACCAGGGUUGGAGGAUCUGAGCUACAGGGAGAGGCUGAACAGGCUGGGGCUGUUUCCCCUGGAGCGUCAGAGGCUGAGGGAUGACCUUAUAGAGGUUUACAAAAUUAUGAGGGGCAUGGAUAGGAUAAAUAGGCAAAGUCUUUUCCCUGGGGUUGGGGAAUCCAGAACUAGAGGGCAUAGGUUUAGGGUGAGAGGGGAAGAUAUAAAAGAGACCUACAGGGCAACUUUUUCAUACAGAAGGUGGUGUGUGUACGGAAUGAGCUGCCAGAGGAAGUGGUGGAGGCUGGUACAAUUGCAACAUUUAAGAGGCAUUUGGAUGGGUAUAUGAAUAGGAAGGGUUUGGAGGGAUAUGGGCCGGGUGCUGGCAGGUGGGACUAGUUUGGGUUGGGAUAUUUGGUCGGUAUGGACGGGUUAGACCGAAGGGUCUGUUUCCGUGCUGUACGUCUCUUGACAAAGCCUUGUCUGAGGGUGAAAUGUUGUCAUUCCCGUUGAUGCGGGUGGUCCCCUGUCUGUUGUCCUUUUUGUUUCCUUUCUCGGAAAGGACCUCGCGGACAUGGGCAGCGUUCCCGAGCCCCGCUCCGGAACGGGCUGUUCCGUCCUCUUCCAGCCCCCGGGGGAAGGGGCAGCUUGAGUGCAGUUGGAGAGUGGGCUGUUCACCGGGAGGGUGCCAAUGGGACGGGAGAGCGGUACCGGUAAUGGGGCGAGGGGGAGAUGCCUCAGACCGCCAGACACUGGGGCAGCUGCUCACGUGCUCCUUUUGGAUCUCACAGCACAGGGAGGCCAUUCAUCUGAUUACCUCUCUGCCUCUGCGUCUGUCUGUCUCUCUGAGGUGACAGCGGAUUCCAGCAUAUUGCUGCUUGCUGGGUAAACCUGUUUUUCCUCUGUUUUCCCCCUCUCUCUCCUGCUCAAACCCCUGAACUUCAGGCCGCCCCUGACCUUGUCACUAUCAGUGAAUAGGGAACAGCUUUUCUUCCUCCACCUUAUCUGAACCUAUCACAAUCUUCCCCACUUUCACCAGUUGUAUCUGUGUGUGACCCUCUCUUUCUGUGUCUCUUUCUCUCCUAAGCCCCCUCCCUCACCACAUCCCAUUUACCCACCCCCUCCUGUCAUGCUCCCACUUUCAAACGGUCUUGUUGUGUUUUCACUGCCUCUUCCCCAUCGUUUCCGUCAAGCACCUCAUCUCACGCUUAGAACCCAUGCAGUGUAGGAGCAGGCCCUUCAGCCCAUCCAAUUCACACCAACCCUCCCUCACCCAGACCUCUGCCCAUAACCCUGCAAUUCCCAUUGGCUAACCCACCUAGUCUACACAUCCCUGGGCACUAUGGGUAAUUUAGCACAGCCAAUGCACCCUAACCUGCACAGCCCUAGGCACUAUGGGUAAUUUAGCAUGGCCAAUGCCCCCUAACCUGCACAUCCCCAAACACUAUGUAAUUUAGCACGGCCAGUCCACCCAAACCUGCACAUCCCUGGAUACUAUAGGACAAUUUAGCCUGGCCAAUCCUACACUAAGGGUGGAUUGGCCAUGCUAAAUUACCCAUAAUACCCAGGGAUGUGUAGGUUAGGGUCGAUUGGCCAUGCUAAAUUACCCAAUCCUACACAUCCCUGGGUACUGUUAGGAUAAAAUAGGUCAAGGGAGGGUGGAGCUAUAGCUGCUGUUUGGGGAAUCGAAACUGUUGCUUACGUGGCCAGCUCAGCUGCCAACGCCCAAAUGAGCCCAACAGGAAACACCUCGCAAACGUGAAAUGUCCUAAUAAGGCAAUGCUUAGUAGCUCCGCGAAGCUCUGCUUAGCAAAGAGUAUAUCAGGAGCAGAUUUGGGAGGGGAAGGCAGAACGCGCCUUCUCCAGUGAAUGCAUGGUGAUUCACUGUAUCAGCUACGAUUCUGCACUAAAGCCUGCUUGUGCCAAACAAUUGAGCGUCUGUUGUCUCUCCUCCUAAAACGAACAUGCAAGGACAGAUUCCGGCCUUACAGUACUAUGGGUAAUUUAGCAUAGCCAAUCCACCCUCACCUACGCAUCUCUGGAUUGUGGGAGGAAGCCGGUGCACCCGGAGAAAACCCUCGCAGACGCAGGCUGGAAACGUGCAAACUCCAUAGGGACAGUCGCCCCUGAGGCUGGAAUUGAACCCGGGUCCCUUGGCGCUGUGCCCACUGAGCAACCCCUUAUAAUCCGCCUGCGUUAAGAUCCUUUUGUCACCUGGAUGAAUGUUACAGGGGGGAGCGGGGUUUAAGUCUUCUCUGAGCUGAGAGAGGACACAGGAGAUGCUCCUCAUCAUGCUUUCAUGUGUCACGUUGUAUAAUUCUUAGAUUUUACAUGUAAAUGUCUAGUUAGGGUUAGAAUUCUUGUAAAUAUAGACAAACGGAAACACUUGUUGAGACAUUUCACCAAACCCCAAGUAGGCAAUUGACAGGCCCGCCCCUGAAAAGAGAACCUUUCGUGGGGUCAGAGUUGACAUUGAGAAUAGCGAAAUGAACACUGUCCCCGUCGUGUUUGUACUUUUGCUGACAGAAGGGCAGUUUGCAGUCAGCAGGAACUGUGGGACUACAGGCUGCGGGCCAGGUCUGCGCUCGGGAGCGUAAAUCCCAACGGGAACCAGAGGCGUUGCUAACGUUUAAGCCAGCUGAGCUUAGCAAGAAAAGGCUGCGACCCUGUGCUUGAACUGAUCAGCCGAAACUUUGGGCGUAGCCAAGGAGAUCUGAAGGCGAAGCUAACGGGAGGGUCUCCUUUCUCAAAAAAACCAGAAAACAUGAGGGAUACCAGGAAGAAUUCCGCUGAAUUCCAGAGAGCUGUGGCAUGCCGUUGAUUUGGGCCACUACAAGCCUUCUCAGUACUCUACAAGUGACUUCACCAACAUCCUGUACACCUUCAACAUGAUGUCCCAACUCCUUUAUUCAAUGGUGUGAACAAUUAAGCUACCCGAUGAAGGAGCAGCGCACUGAAAGCUAGUGCUUCCGAAUAAAUCUGUUGGACUAUAA